UUCCUUACUUUAAUGCUCGUUGCCAUGGAGACGCAUAAACACCUGUUUCCGAUGCAGUGCUGAAAACAAAUACACGUCACGGCGAGGAUUAUAGCGACACACACGUACACACACACGCGGAGUGUGUUUUUUUGCAUUUCUAUUGUGAAAUAACGUGUUUUUGUUCGAGAUCUGAAAUGAAUCACGUGGGAAUUUACAGGCCGAGUGUCCGCGUGGGGAACUGGAGAGAGGAGAUCACUCUGGAAAAGGAGGCUCUAAUGGAGUUUCUGCAGCAGAAGGACAGAGGAGAGCUCACUGUCCAAAAAAACUCCGUUUUAAAACAAAACCUCCUCAAACCUGUGGCGCUGUCCCCCUCCCCGGACGGGUUGUUGCGUUUCGGAGACACGGUCAUACUGAUAAACACAAGAAGAACAGAGAACCCCGAGUGUGUCCUCAGCAUCGUCGCUGAUCUCAGUGACAUCACAACACAUCUGGAAACCAACUCCAAGCCGUACCUGCGGGGGCCAUGUCAGGUGGGCGGAGCCAGCAGCAUCCAGCCAUGUGUGAGGAACGCCUUCAUCAUCACCAGUGUCGAUGAGACUGCAGAUGGAGAAAUUCUCCGAUAUGAGCAGAACUUCGCCCUCAGGACAACGCCAGGAUUCGGGGGAGAGCUUUACCUGGCCACUGACCACAAAAGCUUCCAGAAGUGUGCUAAGAAAUCCCGCCUACAGGAAGUGACCUUAGUGAAGCAGCUGGACUUCCUGUGUUGGUGGAGGCUGCUUUAUUUCAAUCCACAGGAACGACUUGAACAUGAAGGCUACCCUGUGCAGGUGAACACUAAGCUGCUCGUGUCUCACUGUAAGACUAACCAGUGUCUCUCCGCCCUCUCCGAUCACACGCUUUGGACUGUAUUCGGGAAAGAGUCUGAGAUCACAGCCCACACCUUCCUGGAUUCCCACAAGGCCGAGCGGGACUGUAAUCACUGGAUGCUCAUGACGGCGGCUCCUGGAGACGAAGAAACAAGGCGCUGAAACGUCACACCGAGUCCGACAUCACCGACCAGAACCAUUUAGAAACACACACACACACACACACACACACACAAGCAGAAAAGUGACCACACGUACACACGUGGAACUCGUUUCUGCACCCUGGAAUUCAAUAAUGAUGAAAUGAGCAGAUCUUUAUUCCUGUUUCAGCUGAAAGACCUCGCAGUGUGUUUCCUUCUUCAGUCUGAAUUAUUGCUAAUUGUAUUGUUCUGUGUGUGAUUAUUAAAACUUAAUUAUAACAUUAAGAUUAUUUACAAGCUUGAAAUGAGUGAAAAUAUUAGAAAAAGGUUUAAUAAUGUUGGAUGUGGUUUAUUGGGAUGUUAUCAGCAGAUCUGAUCAUUUUUUAAACAUAAACCGCUACGUUACUGACUGAUACUUACACAUACUACACACACCAAACACACACACAGAUUAAAAGGGCUUUAAUUCACUCACAGUGUGGAAAAGUUUACACUCAGAUACUCUCUAUUCUGAAGCAGCUCAGUGUGUAACUGACACUUCUGACCUUCACUCCACAUUUCUGAUUCCCACCUGUUGUUGUUUCUUCUGUUCCGAUCACCAGAUUUUUACCUGGUUUUGGGAUUUAGAACUCGAUUAUAGACAGAGAUUUGUUAAUUGUGUUUCAAUUUACUGCCCAAAAACACUGCACCUGCACCCUAACCUCACUCCCACACCCCCACAUACACACCAACACCUGCACCUGCACACACACUUCUCUUGUACCUGUACCCACAUCUGCACAUAUACCUGCACCUGCAGCUACACCUUCACCCCCAGCUGCUCUGGAAACUACACCUGUACCCACACCUGCAGUUUUGCAUCGGCACCUGCACCCACACCUGUACCUGCGCCCACACCUCCAACUUACAGUCACCUCUGACUGUUACAAAGCACUAAAACUGGAGAUUCAUUCCACACACAUUGCAUGAACAUAUUACACACCUGUGAAUAAGCCGUUACUAUGGAAACGAUAACGUAUCAGAACUAGUGCAGUUCUGAGAACCUGCCGGUCUUUCAGAGC